GAAAGCCUGCUUUGCAUGCCAGUACUGGCAGUGCCGCGGUUCGGAUUGAUCGACAAGGUGGACAAUCUGCCAAUUCUCUGUCUGCAGAGCAUCAGCAUCAGACCGAAGAGCUGCACGCCCCACAGGCCCAUAGCUAUUCUCGACAAGGGUGUGGGCCCAGGAGGGACGACGGAGCAAGCGGAGGAACUGAUGGCGCAGGUGUGCAUCAGAGUCCAGGUCGCUCGGUCUCGAUGUUUCUUUCCGAGUCGGACCUUGAGAUUAGAAGUGGCAUUUCAGAUUAUCAUGGAGAUGAUGUCGCAUGGGGGCAGUUUGAUGGCAUCAGAUCCCCACUAUGUUAUCAAAAGAGUCAUCUAUCAAGCCGCUCAGUGCUCACCGCUGAUGAACACGGGUCACCAUUCAAGAACAUCAAUCUGGACAGUCCGGCACCAUUGGGUUUCCGCCAAAAAGUCCCAAGAUCUUUCUCUCUGGAAUCAGAUAUCGAUUUUCUUGCUUCCGAUUUGGCCAUGUCAGCUCCUCACCCCAAAAGAGCAGUGGAUGAAGACUGCUCGACAACACUCAGACGUCAGUGUGAGAGCCUAAGCUGCAGAACCAGAUUGCAUGGUAAAGUGGGACUCGUUGAAAGUGCCACAUCACCAUGUUGGGAGGACAACAGCAGUCCUCAACAUCACCACAUCGUCAGCAUGUUUUCGGAGUCAGGAGUGGAAGUGCCCCUUGAGCUUGAACUCGAAGCACAGUCAUUCUCAUGCAGCAAGAUUUGGUCCGCAACCGACAGGCAACGAUCACAGUCUUUGAUGAGGACAGCCGAUUCGUCAUUGCUGGGAGUCCCCAUAGGGAGUCCCGCUGGCAUUGGGAAGCCACAUCACACUGAGAUAAGUCCCAAUACAGUGCCAAUGGGUGGCAGUGCCUCACUGACAGACAGUUUCAGCGAGGUAGACAGCGAUCAUGCUCGUCGUGCCGUGGAAUGCAAGGUCCUUGAAGGCGGUCCUGCUUCGAAGUCUGGGUUGUUCCGUUCCAUUAAGUACUGUGGUGUGGAGGAGGAUACUUUUGGGGGAGAGGCAUCUGCAGAAUGCUCGCAACGGGACAAGAACGAGAAAAGGUGCGGAUCUUAUAAUCUUGGCAGCAAUGCAGACUGCUAAAGAAAAACGUUGAACUGUUAUUGCAGCUCAGGGCAAAGGACAAUCUCAGAGAGUCAGAGGGCUUUAAGUUUCCGAGAUGUGUCUACAACGACU